AUGCGGUUCCGGCUCCCCACACGCAACGGUCACGGGCUCCGGCAGCUCCUUCACGGCGAGCAAAGGCUCGAGCACCGUAUACACGGGCUCCGACUACCGCGCGGCGAUCAAGCGGCGCUCGACUCCAUCUCGAGCGGGCAGCGCGUGGCCGUGAUGGCCUCGGGGUCCAUCGGGGCCAACACCAUCAGCAUCGCGAGCGGCAAGACGUUUGAAGGGUGCGGCACCAUCAACGUGGGCAACAAGGCGGGGCGGGGCGCCAUCGAGUCGGUCAACACCAACGACGUCAAGAUCCCCUACCUGACCAUGACGGGUAACCCGUACUUUGGGCUGCGCUUCUACGGCACGCGCAACUUGUCGCUGGGGCAAAUCACCAUGAACCUCAGCGGCGGGCUGGGCAUCCGCUUCGACAGGGACAACGCGGCCAACUACAACGUGGCCAUGGACACGAUUACGGUCACGGGCGCGGGGAGCCACGCGGUGGAGACGUGGAAUAUCGACGGGCUCACCAUCAAUAAGGUUAUUGCGCGCGACGUGGGCGAGUGCGGCCUCCUGCUUCAGGCGACGACCAAUGCUCGCGUGGGCUUGGUGGACGGCACCAAUGUGGCGGCGGGUAACGGGUAUGCUACCUUUCGCAUGGCCAACAACAACGGGCAGCGGUCCGGCGGGGAUUACACGACGAAUGUGUUCGUCGACAAGUCGGGCGGUGCCACCAUCACCAGCGUCGACCUGUCGAACAACGGCAACAACGCGAUUCUGAUCGAGAACUGCUACAACCUCGCCAUCCUCGGCGGCACCGUCAGGGCGGACAUCUCUGUGACUCUGGCCGUCAACGGCAACUCGGUGCGCGAGAGCCCCUGCGGUACCAAUAUCAAGUGGUCCAUUACCGGGAAUGCGAGCAAGAACAUUUGCUAA